UUUCGAAACCAGUAUGAUAAUGACGUCACAAUCUGGUCACCGCAAGGAAGGCUCCACCAGGUGGAGUAUGCAAUGGAGGCAGUGAAGCAAGGCUCUGCCACUGUUGGUGUCAAGAACAAAACUCAUGCUGUGCUAGCCGCCCUCAAGAGAGCUUCUUCAGAACUUGCUGCACAUCAGAAGAAAAUUCUACCCAUAGAUGCUCACAUAGCUAUUUCUAUAUCAGGUUUGACGGCCGACGCCCGCGUGUUGUCACGAUUCAUGCGCCUCGAGUGCCUCAACGAGCGAUACGCGCACGACCAGCCGCUCAGCUUACAGAAGCUCAUGGAGAGAGUGGGGGCCAAAAUGCAGGUGGCUACCCAGCGCUACGACAAGCGCCCGUACGGCGUGGGGCUACUCUUGGCUGGCUAUGAUGAGGACGGACCUCACAUCUACCAGACCUGCCCCUCUGCUAAUUAUUACGAGUGCCGCUCCAUGGCCAUAGGCGCCAGAUCUCAGAGCUCAAGAACUUACCUGGAGCGUCACCUAGACGAGCUAGAAGACUGCACCCGAGAGCAGCUAGUGCGCCAUGCUCUCAGAGCGCUCAGGGAUACUCUGCCUAACGAUGUAGAGCUUACAAGCAAGAACUGCAGCCUGGCUGUGGUGGGCGAGGGAGAGGACCUUCAAAUAUUUGAUGACGAUCGCGUGGCGCCGUACCUUGAAGGUCUCGACCAGGAGGAGCGGAGAGGAGGGGCUGCUGCAAAGGACGAUGAAGACGAGUCUGAGGAUGCACCUCCUUCUGCAGAUCAACCGGCUGGGGAUGCUCCCGCUCCGAGUGGAGAUCAAAUGGAUACCGACUAGCCGGUGAAUGGAAUAAGUGAGUGGAACGACCGAUGCAGCGAGAUGUUUUCAAUAUAACUUACUGUUAA